UCCGAGCUAUUUUACCCUUGAAGGGCGAUGGGGUGUUCCGACCAGCGGCAUGUCUUGCAGGAGUGGGGGGACGGAUUCGGCCCAUUCCCACGCUCUAUCGGAAUGUAUACCACUGGAGCGCCGAUCAUUCCCAAUAGUCACCUAAGUGACCCUCUUGGGGUUGAACAUCCGAAAUAUUGCGGUGGACCUCAGACGGAAUUCGGGCUUUGCGCCGAAGAGACAAGAACGGGACAAGUGGGUUUGCGGGUUAAUUGUGUUUAGUGUUGUGCUUGAUUGUUGAUUUUUUGGUUGUAUUUUUUUUGGAAAAAAACGAGUGAGGAGUCGGUGAAUCCUGCCGGAAAUAACUAUGCCCAUAAGUGAGGACGAAUACGAGAUUCGGUCGCCUCAAGAACCUGUCAGCAUGUCGAAAGCAGAGCUCAGAAAAACCCACAAACCCAUCAUGGAAAAACGACGGAGGGCCCGAAUCAACCAGUGCCUAAACGAAAUCAAAACUCUAAUACUCGAAGCCAUGAACAAAGAUCCCGCCAGACACUCAAAAUUAGAAAAAGCCGACAUUCUAGAAAUGGCCGUCAAGCACCUGCAGAACGUCCAAAGACAACAACUAGCUCUGGCUAUGGCCACAGAUCCAUCGGUAUUACGAAAAUUCAAGUCAGGUUUCAACGAAUGUGCCACCGAAAUCGACCGAUUUGUCAACCAAGCUGAUGGUGUCGACGGUGGUUUAAAAGACCGGAUGAGGUCCCAUUUGCAAAAAUGCAUAAGUGGGAUAGAACAAGUUUCACAUUUCAACUUUCCGGGUUUUGCCAAUUUACCAUUUAUGUCGUCAACGAAGGUUUUUGGUCAAAGUACCAGCAACGAAGCAGCGUCGGGUGUAGGGGAUCAGAACAACAACGCAAGAAUACAAAUACCUCAGAGCAUCCAACUAAUUCCUAGUAGACUUCCAAGCGGAGAAAUCGCUCUACUUUUACCAAACUCGAGCAACUUGCCAUUUUUGCCUAGUUUUACCCAACAAAGGGAGAGACCCAGUGCCUUUGCUACUGUGAUACCAUCGUCGUCCACCACAUGUUCCAGUCCUCCACCUAGCCCAAAUCGUGGUUUCCGGCCGGUGCAACCAUCGAAACCUCAGAGCAGUAGUUACCAAGAACAACCACAAGUACCACAAGUGUCUUCUACGUCGAUUCCAGGAUCUCAACCCAUGGAGGUGAAAAGUAUGAAAUUCCCCAUCCACAGUUACACAGAGAGGGAAAAAAAGUUUCCCAGUCCGAAAAAAAUAGAACCUUUGUGUAUCAUCACAAAUCAGUCGGAACGUUAUAAACAAGCUCAAGCAAGAGACGACGCUGCAGAUUUCGAAGAAAAUCGGCAGCAAGGAGUGAAAAGAAAGUUUUCGGAGAUGUCUCCAGGACACGGUUUGUUGACCGUGGCCAAGGAUUACGGACAUCCGGCUGCUAAAAUAAUCAAAACGGAAACAACUACUUCUUGUGAUAGUAGUAGCAGGGACGCAGCUGAGGCUUCUACUUCCCGGGAUGCAGGAGAAAGUAGCGACAUGUGGAGACCUUGGUAGUGCGAGUUUCUGUGAUUAACAAACUGAAAGCUUUAACGACGUUAAUUUAGACACCAAUUUUUACUUAGUGAUUAGACGUAAG